AAAUUUCCCUAUCAUGUUAUUUUUAAACACUAACAAAGAGGAAAAUAAUGCCUCCAAAUCAGUUCUUAUUAGCUAUGAUGAAUCCAUCAUGAUUGCCAAUGAUGUAGGGAACGAUUAUAAAUCAUUUGAAAUCGCUGAUAAUGAGGAUAUGAAUUGCAGUGGAUACAAGAGCAUUGGGAAAGACCAUCAUUUAACUCAGGGUUAUAUGAUUGGACUCACUUGAGCAGUGUUUUCUUCUUUCUGAUAUGCUAGCAACAUCGUAUUUGGGAAAAUGGCACUUACUAGAAAUACAAUGCUGACUACGUACGAUAUUAACUUCAUGAGAGCAUGAGUUUCUUUAUUUGUAAACUCAUAUCAGGCUUAUAAAAAUAAAGUAAAUCUCACAAGUUGAUCGAAGAAGGCUUUGAUCCUUCUGAUAAUUUGUAACAUACUUGCAGUAGGUAGGUCAUACCCAACUGUGUGGGCUUAUCAAUUUAUCUCAGCCAGUAAAUGUUUGUUGAUCAUCAAUACAUCUCCAAUUUUGAUUGUCAUUAUUGGAGGACUCCUCCUCUCUGAAAAAGUAACAUAUGUAAACUAUCUAAUUGGGAUUACUGCUUUGUUGGGAUGUUACAUUCUCACUUUAUCCAAAUCGGCUGAGAGUGUGCCAAACUCUGAUCCUGUUCUGGGCUAUACCUUUGCACUCAUGGCUUGUGUAUGUAGAGCAGGAACUAGCUCUAUUCAAAGAGUGCUUUGUAGCAUCUGGGACUUAAUGGUCUUUCCAUUUUACUAUACGAUGGUAUUGUUUGGUGUCACAUUUAUUGCAUGGAUAUUCUUUGAUGGAUUAAUUAAUGUAGCAUCAUAUGAUAUAACAGAUACAAUCCUAUUGCUAUUAGCUUCUAUGGGAACGACUUUCGGGAUGCUCACAAUUAGUGUUGGGUUGAAGCACCUUCCUGCAUCAACUGCUGCUCCAAUCACAAACCUAGAAGUUGGUUUUGGAUUCAUUGCUGAUAUUCUAAUCUUCCACUAUAAGUUCUAUCUAACAGACCUGUUAGGAGCAUGAAUCAUAUUUUGAUCUCUAGCUGUUCACAUUACUCUUCAAUGCUAUAAGAAAUAAAGAUUUCCU